AUGAAUAACGAUAAAUAUACUUGUGAGUACGGUCAUGUGGACAAAAAUUAUACUGAAACGCGAAGGAAAGAUGCAUAUGAUAAUUAUAAUUAUGGUAUGUGUCCUACCUCGCUUGGAAAUAUUCCUGAAGAUAUAUUUCUGAAUAAUCCAUUAAAGGGAAUAUGUGAUUAUAAUAAUUCUAACUAUACAAAUUAUAGUAAUCCGAAUAUAUCAGAAAGGUUUACUUAUAAUCCUAAUUCCUAUAUCCAAUAUAAUGAUAUCUUUAAAAAAAACAAUACAGGGGAAUCUAUGAAAAUACGAUCCCGUCAAAAUAAAGAAAAAUUGUAUUAUGUAAGAAAUGAAAAUGAAAUAGAACACGAUGAACAAAAUUGUAUAAGAAAUAACAUGUUCGAAAUAAAUAAUACCUUAUGUAAAACAUAUCAAAAAAAUGAUUUUAUGAAAAUAAAUCCAAAUAUAAAAAGAGGAUUAAAAAAAAAACCUAAUAUAAAUGAGAAAUAUAAUAAAAUUAAAAAAGAUGUACUUCUCACAAGUGAUCUAUAUUUAAAAAGCUUUCAUAAAUAUUAUCCAUGCAAUUGCUUAAAUGUUUAUAAAGAAAUAUAUAAGAAUACAAAAUAUGAAAUUUCUGAUUUAAAACAAGUACACACUGAUUUAAUUUAUUUAAUAUUAAAAUAUUUAUAUUACGAAAGAAUAUUACCUGAGGCUAAUGAAAUUAAAAGAAAAAUUAACAAAUAUUUUCCUGAUUGCGCUGUUUUAAAUAAUAACUUUAUAAAUAUAUGUAGAGAAGACCCAUAUAAAAAAUUUGAAAUAUAUCGAUCCAAUGCUUAUGAAAAAGAUCUAAAAAAAGGGAAAAUAAUUUAUAAAAAGCCAUUUAACAAUGAAAACAUCUGCAUAUAUUUAAGAGGUGUUCCACGAGAUUUUUUUAUUAACCCUAAUGAUGAUAAUGAAAAUAUUUCUUUGUAUAUACCAUUAAUCUUUAUUCACAUAAUUGAUAGAUUUAGGAUUCAAUCAAGCGAUAAUAAUCACAAGGGAGGGAGAUAUAUUUUAGCUGAAACACUAAAGCAUACAGGUCCUUAUAUUUUUAGAACGAUGAAGUUAGGAAGAAUAAUUCACAUACUACAAAAAUGUAUUGAUCUAAAUAUUUUAUCAUAUUUCAACAAUAAUAUAAUACCAAUAUUUACAUCAAUGUCUAUUUCAAAAACGUAUAUUUCAAAAAUGCAUGUAAAUCAAACGCCAGCAUUAAAAAAUCACAAAGAGCAAUCAAUAAAUUUAAUCAAAAAUAGAAUAAAGUCUUUAUUAUAUAGUUAUUCAGAGGAUAAAUCCAAAACAAAAGGGUUUUCUCUUAGUAGGCUUCCAUUAAUAUAUAAAAAUGUGUAUAAGGAAAAUAUAAAUAUUGACCAAAUAGGAUAUUCAAAAUUAACUGAAUUUAUAAAUAAUGAAAUGAGCGAUAUUUGCUUUAUUUCAACACAGCAUAAAUUUCAGUGUAUAUUACUUCCAGUUAUGGAGGAUGAACAAAAACAUAGGGAUAAAAAUUCAAAGUUAAAAAAAGAAAUUGAAAUAAAAAAAUCACUAGAUUAUAUUAAAAAAUACCAAUGGGAGAGGUGCAUUACAUUUUUGCAUACAUUGCACUGCUUAAAAAGCAAGCAUACUAAUUUUGAGCUGGAAUAUAGCAUACCUAGUAAUAAUAGUAUAGACGAAUUAAUAAAUGACCCUUUUUUUUGUGAUAAUAUAAACCUUGUUAGUAAGGAAAGUACACCACCGCUACUACUACCGCUGAAUGUCUUUAAUUUGCCAUCGUCUUAUGAUAUGUAUAAUUCAUAUUUUAAAUCAAAUUCGUAUUAUAGUAAGGAUGAAAAUGAUGAUGCUUCGGCUAUUCAAUUUUUAGAUACCUCACAAAAUAAAUUUGAUAUCAUAUGUGAUUUUCAAAAAUAUGAAAAUACAAACAUAUCUAUUGAAGAGCCAAUAAAUAUAAAUAGCAUGUAUGUACACUCACCAUCAUCUUACGACGUUUUUAAUUCUUUAUUUAAUGAUAAUACAGUAAAUCACUGUGCAGAAUAA